GACAAUCUGUAACCAGAAUAUUUGUGAAACAACAAUUUCACCAGUAAAAAAGAAUACUUACUUUUAAAUUUAGAAGAAAAUUCUUGUCAAAUAAAAUUUUUAAUUUUCUAUCACAUUUUAGUUUCUUUAAUUAUCUAAUCUUCUUAGUAAUACAAAAUAAACCGUCAGUAAAAAAACUUUUGUAACUGUUCAAAAUGCUGUUUCUUGGUGAUGUUUUUCCAAAUUUCACAGCAAAUACUACUGCAGGUGAAAUAAAUUUUCAUGAAUGGCUUGGUUCCUCUUGGGGUAUCCUGUUCUCUCAUCCAUCUGAUUUCACACCGGUCUGCACUACUGAACUGGCGAAAUUACUUAAUCUGCUUCCAGAGUUUGAAAAGCGGAAUGUCAAGGUUAUUGGCUUGUCUUGUGAUUCGAUUUCCUCUCAUAUAGAGUGGUGCAAAGAUAUCAAAAGCUAUGCAGGCUGUAACGAAGAUGAGAAGUUUCCGUACCCUAUAAUAGAGGAUCAGGACAGAAGUCUAGCUAAGAGCCUGGGAAUGGUUGAUAAAGAUGAAUUAGACCAAAAAGGCCUGCCGCUGACUGCCAGGGCUGUAUUCAUUAUAGAUGUGAACAAGAAAUUCCGUCUGUCGUUAUUGUAUCCUGCAACCACAGGAAGAAACUUUGAUGAGAUUCUCCGCGUGAUAGAUUCGCUGCAGCUCACUGAUAAGGCUAAAGUGGCGACGCCGGUUAAUUGGAAGAUGGGUGAUGACUGCAUGGUGUUGCCAACAAUACCCCAAGAUCAGGUCACCAAGUUUUUCCCAAGAGGUGUCACUGUGGUGCCCCUGCCUUCGGGCAAAAACUAUUUGAGGAAGACGGAAUGCCCCAAAUUGUAAUCUCUGUGAUAUAUAUUCAAAAAGAUAACCCAAAGAUGUAACGUCUAUGAAACACGUUGACAAAUAUUUUUGUUACUAUUUCAAUAAAUAUUAUAAAUUGUGUA